AUGGCUUCUACUUCUUCCACUCCUCCCAAUCAGUGCAAGAAAUGGGAUGUUUUUAUUAGUUUUAGAGGCGACAAUACGCGUUAUGGUAUUAUCUCCCAUCUCUCUAAAUCCUUGAAGGACAAACAAAUUAAGACCUUUACGGAUGAAGGGCUUCAUAAAGGAGAAGAGAUCUCACCAGAGCUCUUGAAAAUAAUCCGAGAAUCAAGCGUCUCAAUAGUCAUUUUGUCUGAAAAUUAUGCUAAUUCUCCAUUGUGUUUGGAUGAGCUUGUUGAGAUACUUAAAUGCAAGGAAGAAUCAGGACAAAUAGUUCUACCAGUUUUUUACAAGAAAAAGACAGUCCACAAAAGGCCGACAACUGGAAGCGCGUUAGAUGGAAGUAAGCAACUUAUCAGGAUGGGAUUUACAGAAUAUGAAGUUAAUUACUCUUUACUGUAUGAGUCCAAAUUAGUUGAGGAAAUCAUCAAUGAUGUUUUAGAGAAAUUUAGUUAUAUGCCUAAAAAUGAUGAUUCUUAUGAUUGCAACUUGAUUGGAAUUGAAUCGCGUGUAGAAAAAGUGGAAUGGUUGAUAAAUGAUAAGCAAGUUAUGGGGAUUUGGGGGAUGGGAGGCACUGGUAAAACAACUAUUGCACAAGAAGGAAGUAGAAUCAUUGUAACUAGUAGAUAUCGGCAAGUACUUGAAUAUGUUUGUUCAAAGGAUGGCAUAUAUGAGGUUGAGAAUUUAAUUCACUCUCAAGGUUUGGAACUCUUUAGCUUGCAUGCCUUCAAGCAAAAUCUUCCCAAGGAAGGAUAUAUGGAGCUAUCAGAGAAGGCAACAACCUAUGCUGGAUUCAAUCCAUUAGCUCUUAAAGUUUUGGGAUCUCAUUUAUUUAAUAUGGGGAUAGAAGAAUGGAAAAGGGAAUUGAAAAAAUUGAAAGGCGAAUCUCUUGAGAAAAUUCAAGAUGUUUUGAAAACAAGUAAUGAUGAGCUUGGAAAGAUUGAAAAGAAAAUAUUUCUUAAUGUUGCAUGUUUCUUCAAAGGGCAAAAUAAAGAUGAGGUUGAGAGAACAUUAGAAGUAUUUGGUUUCUAUCCAAAAAGUGGAAUACCUCGCCUAAUUAAUAAAUCUCUCAUAACUGUUUCGUCACUCAAUGAGAUUCAUAUGCACGACUUGCUGGAGCAAAUGGGCAAGGAUAUUGUUAUUAAGGAAUGCAAACAGCCUGGAGGACGUAGCAGGUUGUGGAAUUAUGAAGAUAUUAGUCAUGUAUUGACAACAGAAAUGUUUGAAGCUAAGUGCCACGGCCUUUAUGAAGAUGUGCAAUCUUAG